GAUGCAACCGUUUUCGAUGUCAGUCCCGGUCAAGUAUUCAAUAUUACUUUGGUUGCUGAAGACAAUUUCCAGCAAAUAGUGUCAAAUGUAAUUUCUUCAUUUGUCGAAACGAACAGAUUAGAGUUAUUCAGAAAUGUAACCCCUAAUAUUGGCACAAACAACCUUGGUCUUCUAAGAGACAAUGUUCCAACAGAACUCUCUUUAUCCGUUUCAGGAAUGGAAGGUCGAAAUGUAUCGGUAGUUAUUUUUUCCACUGAUUUGAUUGGCCGUGCUCGAACAGAGAUCACCGUUAAUUUAGGACAAUGUGGGCAAGGUUUUGCAUUUAACACUGAAAGUUUGACCUGUGUGUGUAUUGAGGAACUCGAAACACUUGGAAUAUCUUGUGAAACUGACAAUCAAAUAUUAACAUCUCCGAGGAACUUGUGGGUUGGGCCAGUAGAUGGUAUACUUGGAGUCGCUGAAUGUCCUCUGCUGUAUUGUGAGUUCAAUGUGAUACCAAUAUCACAAGGAGCUGAUUUUGACGUCCAAUGUGACAGCCGAUUAUUCAGACGCGGUGUUGUGUGUGGGGACUGUCAAGAAGGGAGGAGUUUUGUUUUGGGUACCUCGAGGUGUAUGGAGUGUAGUAACAUUAGUGUAUUUCUUUUCCCCAUGUUUCUAAUUCUCGGCUUCAUAUUGACCCUUGUCAUCUACUAUUUGGACAUGAGCAUUGCUCUCGGCUUACUGAAUGGUGCCAUAUUUUUCUCCAAUUUAGUAACGAUUUACGGAGAGUUCUUGUUCCCGGGAAGUUUGGGUGGAGCAAAUUUCAUUUUUAUCGUUUCUUUCCUCAGCUUGAAUUUUGGUAUUGAGUCAUGCUUAUACAAUGGAAUGCGUGGGUUAGAUAGAAUUUGGUGGCAACUCAGCUUUCCGCUAUACUUGCUUGUCCUUAUGAUUUUCAUCGUUUGCUUGGCAAGAACGAAAUACUUGAGAGGUGUAAAAUACAAUGACCGUUUAAGCCCAGCCAGGGCCUUUACAACUCUGCUCAUUCUCUGUUAUGUGAGUGUCCUUCAAGUAUCCGCACAGCUGUUUGGAUUUAUCACGGUACAAGCAAUUGAUGGAUCAUCAUCUACUCGCUGGAUUCUGGAACCUUCUGUGGUGUACUUCAGUAGUGGCCAUGCACCACUUAUGCUGAUAUCGGUGAUAAUAAGUAUAGGCUACCUCAUACCAUUUCCACUACUCCUACUUUUCCCAAAUCUAAUUUUCAAGAGCAGGUUUUUGAAAAAGCUGAAACCGUUAUAUGAUGCGUUUUGGCAUCCUUUUGAACCAAAAUUUCGAUUUUGGCUUGGAUUUCGACUAAUUUUUCGGUGGAUUCCAUUUCUUCUAACCUUCAUUGCUCCACCUCCAAUCAACAUAUUUGUGACAGACAUCAUGAUUUUGUUGCUUCUAUUUGUGCAACUGACGUUAAAACCUUUCAAGAAUAAUUGGAUCAAUAUUAUAGACUCUGUAUUUCUCUGCUUACUCGUCAUUAUGUUCACUGGGUCACUAUUUUUUGUGGCCUCUGCAGUUAGGGAUAAUGGUUUUGUUGAUGAAUAUAGAACAACCAUCUACAACAAAGUGUUGACAGUGAUAGCUUUUUGCCUAAUUUUGGGGAUAUUUUUCUAUCACCUUAAGAUCCGUUUUCCAAAGUUAGAAGCCUUCACAAACCGUGUAUGGCAUAAACUAAAGAAAGGAGAGAGAAAAGAGAAUAUUAUCGAGCAAGAACUGAACAGUAGUACAACUUGGAAAGAACCACCAACGUAUACCAUUGUGACUACUGACUUGAGAGAAUCGCUGUUGGAAGAUGACAAUUUUGUUGCAGUCAUACCAACAACGGACAGGUGCACUAGUUGAUUUUAGCUGCAUGUUCUUAACUUAUUUGUGUGCUUGUACGUACUAGGUAUUAUUUAAUUUAAUGAUGUGUUUUUAUAAUUACAGUCAAUAUUUAAUGAUGUGUGUUUUUAUUUUUAUAAUUACAGGUGCAACAACCUCAUGUAAUGUACAUUGUGUAUAGUGUGAAGUUUUUGAGGGGCUUAAUUUUCACUGUUUUGU